CCUAGGGAGGUGUUACCAUAACCUAGUUAAUGAAAAUGGGAAAAAAUGAGUCUCUCAUCAUCACUCUCCGAUUCUCACUCCGCAUCAAUUCUUCUCCCACAUCAUCAUCAUCCCCUCACCUUUUCUCUCUUUCCUUUUUGUUUUUUUUCCACUUUUGGUUUUGUGAUCAAAAUUUAGACACUCUGUUUGAUGUCAUAAUCCAGAUUAUGUCUAAUUAUGAUCGGUUCGGAUUUCGUCUCUUUCCUUGUCCAUCUACCAACUCAUAUUCUUCUGCAAUCUUUCAAAUCUUAAUCAAUUCAUCAUCAGGAUCUUCUUCAUCAUUUGCCGUGUAUUCAAAUAAGGGGAGCUUACACUUUUUUUUGUGAGCUCUCCCUUUUUACGUCCUCAUUCCAUUCAUGGUUUUAUUCAAAAUGCGCACAAUUUCCAUUAAGAAUUGAAGAACCGGACAAGAAAAGGGAUUUUAUGGUGUUUCUCGGACGACAUUGGUGGUUCAAGAGGCAUUAUCAUACAUUUUUUUGUUUGACAAACGAGGGAUUUCUUCGGCAUUUUGCAUUCUCUUCUUUGGUGGCUAAAGAGAGAGAGAGAAUUCUCAGCAAAAAAAAAGGCUAAAGAGAGAGUCAAAGUAUAAUUAGUGCUGCAUAUGUCGAAAUUUCCCUCGCCUGAACCUCGACAACGUGUUUCACCAUCUUCUCCCCGACAAAGGGAUUUAAAUGGAACAUCGCCAAUGGAUAAUCCAGAAAGUACAACAGCAAGGGUUGCUCAAUUCGUUGAGCAGCUGCAUGCCAAAAUGUCUUCACAACAUGAGAAGGAGCUUAUUACAGCACGAUUGCUUGGUAUUGCCAGAGCAAGAAAGGAUGCAAGGACGGUUAUUGGUUCCCAUCCACAGGCAAUGCCAUUGUUCGUAUCAAUUUUGAGAAGUGGAACAACCGUUGCGAAACUUAAUGUUGCUGCAACUUUGAGUGCUCUUUGCAAGGAAGACAGUUUACGUCUAAAGGUGCUUUUGGGCGGAUGCAUACCCCCUUUACUGUCACUACUUAAGUCUGAAUCUUUCGAAGCCAGGAAAGCAGCAGCAGAAGCGAUCUAUGAAGUGUCGUCUGGAGGUCUAUCAGAUGAUCAUGUAGGCAUGAAAAUAUUUGUUACUGAAGGUGUAGUUCCCACAUUAUGGGAGCAGCUCAAUCCGAAAACCAAGCAGGACAAAAUGGUAGAGGGGUUUGUUACUGGGGCUUUGAGAAAUCUUUGUGGAGACAAGGACGGAUAUUGGAGGACCACACUUGAUGCUGGAGGAGUAGAGAUCAUUAUGGGUCUUCUUUCUUCUGAUAAUAUCACCGCCCAAUCAAAUGCAGCUUCUCUAUUAGCUCGUUUGAUGUUGACUUUCCCAGAUAGCAUCGAUAAAGUUAUUGAUGCAGGAGUUCUUAAAAUCUUGCUUCGUUUGGUAGGACGGGAAAAUGAUAUUUCAGUUCGUGUUAGUGUUGCCGAUGCAUUGGAGUCAUUUUCCUCUAAAUCGACCGCGGGAAGGAAAGCUAUGGUUGAUGCAGAUGGAAUACCUAUUCUGAUUGGAGCUGUUGUAGCUCCUUCUAAAGAGGGCAUCCAAGGUGAGGGUGGCCGAUUACUACAGGGACAUGCUACACGUGCACUGGCAAAUAUUUGCGGUGGAAUGCCAGCUUUAAUACUUUAUCUUGGAGACUUGUCCCAAUCGCCUCGUUUGUCUGCUCCGGUUGCUGAUAUAAUUGGAGCACUUGCUUAUACAUUGAUGAUCUUUGAGCAAGAUACUAAUAAGGAGGAGGCAUCAUUUGAUGUUAGUCAAUUAGAAGAUAUUCUUAUGAUGCUUUUGAAGCCUCGGGAUAAUAAGCUAGUUCAAGAGCGUGUUCUUGAGUCUUUAGCAAGUCUGUAUGGUAAUACCCACAUCUCAAAGUGGCUCAACCAUUCAGAUGCCAAGAGGGUUCUCACUGGGUUGAUAAUUACAGCUUCUACUGAUGUUCAAGAGUUCCUGAUACUCUCUUUGACAAGCUUAUGUAGUGAUGGAAUAGGGGUUUGGGAGGCCCUUGGAAAGAGAGAGGGAAUCCAAUUGCUGAUAUCGUUGUUGGGAUUAUCAAGUGAGCAACAUCAAGAGCAUGCUGUUGCAUUGCUAGCAAUUUUGACCGACCAAACUGAUGAUAGUAAGUGGGCAAUCACUGCUGCCGGUGGUAUCCCUCCACUUGUGCAGUUAUUAGAGACGGGGUCACUGAAAGCAAGAGAGGAUGCUGCACAUGUGUUGUGGAAUUUGUGUAGUCAUAGUGAAGAUAUUCGUAUAUGUGUCGAAAGUGCAGGAGCAAUUCCAGCUUUCUUAUGGCUUCUUAAAAGUGGUGGAUUUGGAGGACAAGAAACUUCUGCGAGGGCACUCACAAAGCUUAUCAGAUCAGCGGACGCUGCUACUCUUAAUCAGUUGCUGGCUUUGCUUUAUGGGAACACACCACGCUCAAAAGUCCACAUUGCCAGGGUGUUGGGUCAUGUCCUCAGUAUGGCAUCCCGCGAGGAUCUUGCGCAGAAGGGAGCACCUGGUAAUAAAGUAGUUAAGUCCCUUGUUGAGGCUCUUGAGUCAUCGAAUAAAGAAUCUCAAGAGAGUGCUGCUUCUGUCUUAACAAACCUAUUCGAUAGCAGGCAGGACAUUUCUGAUAGUGUUGGGAUUGACGAAACUAUUCAUCCUCGUAUAAAGCUUUUGACAAGCAAAACUCAGGGAGUUGAUACACAAUCAGCUAAGGGAUUGAGAACAAUACCCCAAUCAAGUGUACCCAGAUCAACUCGUUCUGCCAGUGUAAUGCAGAGUUCAACAAAUAUAAAUGAUACAAACAAAAAGUACGAAGGGGAUGUUAAGUCCCUUAUCAAGAUUGCAAAAACUUCUUCUAUUGGUUCAGCCGAGACUGCAGUUGCUUCCCUCGCUAACCUUCUUUCUCAUCCUCACAUCGCUGAAGAAGCUCUGGCAGGAGAUGUUAUAUCUGCUUUGACCAGAGUGUUGGGAGAAGGGACAUUAGAAGGUAAGAGAAAUGCAGCACGCUCCCUUCACCAUCUGAUGAACCAUUUCCCUAUAGAUGAGGUGCUUAGUAGUAAUGCUCAGCGUCGUUUUGUUCUUCUUGCGCUUGUUGAUUCUUUAUCUUCGAUGGACUUGGAUGAACCUGAUUCUGUUGACGUUCUAGACGUGGUUGCCAUGUUGGCUAGGACUAAAGAUGCUGUAAACUUCUCUUGUCCACCAUGGUCUGUCCUUACUGAAGUUCCAUCGAGUUUGGAGGCAUUAAUCCGGUGCCUCGCUGAAGGGCUUCCUCCAGCACAAGAUAAGGCGAUUGAAAUACUUUCUAGGGUGUGUAGUGAUUUACCAGUUUUGCUUGGCGAUCUUUUGGUUGGAACAAUUAGGUGCAUCACUUCACUAGCUAAUAGGAUAAUGAACUCAUCUAGUUUGGAAGUAAGAGUUGGAGGGGCAGCACUACUUAUUUGUGCUACUAAGGAACAUAAGCAGCAAUCAAUGAGUGCCCUGAAUGCAUCUGGCUUUAUGAAACCUCUCAUUUAUUCCCUAGUAGAUAUGAUGAAGAUAAACUCUAGUUGUGCUUCUCUUGAGAUUGAAGUCAAAACUCCUAGAGGUUAUAUAGAAAGAACGUUUUUUGACGAAGGUUGUGAUUUUGAAGUCCCUGAUCCAGCAACUGUUUUGGGGAGUACAGUUGCCUUGUGGUUGUUGUCUAUAAUUUCUUCAUUUCAUAAAAAGAACAUUCUUACUGUCAUGGAAGCAGGUGGUUUAGAAGCUCUCUAUGAUAAGCUUACUAGUUACACCUCCAAUCCACAGCAGAAUGAAUUUGGAGAUACAGAGGGUAUUUGGAUUAGUUCUUUGCUAUUAUCUAUUUUAUUCCAGGAUGCUACUGUGCUGAUGUCUCCUGUUACGAUGCGCAUCAUACCUUCACUUGCUUUUCUCUUAAGGUCUGACGAAAUUAUUGAUCGAUACUUCUCUGCACAAGCAAUGGCCAGUCUUGUAAAUGGUGGAAAUAAAGGAAUACAUAUGGCAAUUGCACAUUCUGAUGCAGUUGCUGGUUUGAUUAGCCUCAUUGGUUAUAUAGAAUCAGAUAUGCCCAAUCUUGUAGCACUAUCUCAAGAAUUUUCACUUUUACGCAAUCCUGAUAGAGUUGUUCUGGAGCACUUAUUUGACAUUGAAGAUGUAAGAGUUGGAUCUAUUGCGAGGAAGUCUAUACCUCUUCUAGUAGACCUUUUGAGACCAAUGCCAGAUAGACCAGGUGCUCCUCCAUUUGCUGUUUCCCUUCUGAUCCGUAUCGCUGAGGAGAAUGAAGAGAAUAAACUGGCUAUAGCCGAAGCUGGAGCUCUAGAUGCAUUACCUAAAUAUCUGUCUUUGAGUCCUCAAGACUCAGCUGAGACUACCGUAGUUGAACUACUGAGGAUUUUGUUUAUGAACCCUGAACUGAUUCGCCAUGAAGCGUCCAUCAGUUCCUUGAAUCAACUGAUUGCUGUUCUACGUUUAGGGUCAAGAAGCGCUAGGUUCAGUGCUGUUAGGACACUCCAUUUACUUUUUGAUGCUCAGAGAAUUAGAGACAGUGAAUCAGCAAAGCAAGCCAUACAACCAUUAGUUGACAUGCUUGAUGCUGGUGGAUCAGAGAAAGAACAACAAACUGCUCUUGUAGUUUUGAUAAAGUUGACUUCCGGAAAUUCUUCAAAUGCAGUAGCAUUAACAGAUGUUGAAGGAGAUCCACUUCACAGCCUGUGCAGGUUUUUAUUAUCCGCCACCUCUUCAUUGGAGCUGAAGAGAGAUGCUGCACAGCUCUGCUUUAUUUUGUUCAGCAACAAAAAAGUGCGAGCUACUGAAACCGCCUCGGAAUGUAUAAAACCCCUUCUGUUAUUAAUGCAAUCAAAUUCAACUUCUGCAAUGGAGUCGGGUGCCUUGGCUUUUAAUAGGCUGUUGGAUGACGAGCAACAGGUAGAACUUGCAGCAUCUUCUUAUGAAAUCGUGGAUCUUCUUGUUGGGUUGGUUUCUAGUAAUAACAAUCGUCUUAUAGAGGCUUGCAUCAGCAUUCUUAUAAAGUUGGGGAAAGAUCGCACUCCUUGCAAACUCGAUAUGGUGAAAGCAGGAAUAGUUGAAAAUUGUCUAGAGUUACUUCCUAAUUCACCUGGGUCUCUAUGCUCCAUGGCAGCAGAGUUGUUCCGAAUAUUAACUAAUAGUAGCGGGAUUGCGAGAAGUCCUGCUGCUGCAAAAACUGUUGAACCUCUUUUCAUGCUUUUACUGCGUCCAGAUCUCGACAUGUGGGGACAGCAUAGUGCCUUGCAAGCACUAGUAAAUAUUUUGGAGAAGCCCCAAAGCCUCGCAACCUUGAGAUUAACUCCUAGCCAAGUAAUUGAACCUUUGAUAGCAUGUCUACAGUCCCCUUCACAAACCAUUCAACAACUUGGUACCGAAGUACUAUCACAUCUUUUAGCACAGGAACGUUUUCAACAAGAUAUUACCUCACAAAAUGCAGUUGUGCCUCUUGUUCAGCUUGCUGGAAUUGGGAUACUGAACUUGCAGCAAACAGCAAUUAAGGCCUUAGAGAGUAUCUCCAGGAGUUGGCCAGAGGUUGUUGCUUCUGCCGGGGGUAUCUUUGAGCUUUCUAAAGUUAUUAUUCAGGAUGACCCUCAGCCUUCUCAUGAAUUAUGGGAAUCUGCUGCGUUGGUUCUGUCAAAUAUUUUGCGGUUCAAUACGGAGUACUACUUCAAAGUUCCUUUGGUAGUCCUUGUGAGAAUGUUGCACUCCAAGAUGGAGAGUACAAUAACUCUAGCGCUGAAUGCUUUAAUAGUUGUCCAAGAGGGUACUGAUGCUUCAAGUUCUGAACUCUUGGCAGAGGCUGGUGCCGUCGAUGCACUGCUGGACCUUUUAAGGUCCCACCAGUGCGAAGAAAUAUCUGGAAAACUACUUGAAGCUUUGUUUAAUAAUGCGAGGGUGAGAGAAAUGAAGGUCACAAAGCUUGCUAUAGCUCCAUUAUCUCAGUAUCUGCUGGAUCCAGAAACCAAAUCGCAACCCGGUAAGCUUCUUGCCGCACUUUCUCUUGAGGACAUAUUCCAGCACGAAGGACAUGCUAGAUCCAGAGAUUCAGUAUCCGCAUGUCGAGCACUAUUGAGGUUACUUGAGGACCAGCCGACUGAGCCCAUGAGCAUGGUAGCUGUGUCUGCGCUGCAAAACUUGGUUAUGCACAGUAGGACAAACAAACGAGUGGUUGCAGAAGCAGGUGGGAUAUUGAUAAUACAGGGAUUGCUACUGUCAUCAAAUUCAGAAAUUGCUGCACAGGCAGCACUGCUGGUUAAAUUCCUAUUUUCCAAUCACACGCUCCAAGAGUAUGUUUCAAAUGAUUUGAUCAGGUCUUUGACAGCUGCAGUCGAGAAAGAGUUCUCCGCAACAAGUAUAAAUGAAGAGGUCUUGUCAACCAUAAAAGUGAUAUUCAGUAAUUUCCCUAAGCUGCAUGCAUCAGAAGCGGCAACACUCGUCAUUCCUCACUUGGUUGUAGGACUGAAGGCUGGGACUGUAGCUUUCCAGGAGUUGGUGUUGGAUAUUCUAUGCAUAUUAAGACAUUCAUGGUCAUUCAUUCCUAUAGAUAUUUCCAAGGCUCAAGCCAUGGCUGCUGCAGAAGCUAUUCCGAUAUUGCAAUUACUAAUGAAAAGUUGUCCACCAAGUUUUCAUGAGAGAGUAGAUGCCCUUUUGCAUGGCUUACCUGGUUGUUUAACUGUCACUAUCAAGCGUGGAUGCAACUUGAAGCAGAGUGUUGGUACCACAAAUGCCUUUUGCCGGUUGAUGAUAGGAAAUGGUCCUCCAAGGCAAACUAAAGUAGUGAGCCACAGUACAAGUCCAGAAUGGAAGGAAGGGUUCACUUGGGCAUUUGAUGUACCACCAAAGGGACAGAAACUUCAGAUUAUAUGCAAAAGCAAAAAUACAUUUGGGAAGUCAACUCUUGGGAGAAUAACACUACCGAUAGACAGAGUCGUAAUAGAUGGAGUACAUAGUGGAGUUUUCAGUCUAAAAAGCGACAGCAAUAAGGAUGGGUCAUCUAGAACACUUGAAAUUGAGGUCACCUGGUCUAACAGGAUAACAAACGAGAAGAUUCGAAAAUGAAAUGGAAGUAGUCAUUUGUGGAGUAUUUUUUUCUCAGGAAGUAGGGAGCUAAAAGGGACUAGAAUUGUUGUGAUUAUCAUGGUGUCGAAUUCCCAUCCAACUAUGUUGCAGUUUGAAUUGGGUAAAAUUGAUUUGGUUGUAACUAGUAGUUUUUUCUUUUCAGGUUUCAGUUUUGUAGGUGUGAAAUGAGUAAGCUGCCAGUGUCAGUUGAUGUGAAUGUAAUUUGUAUUUAAGUUCAGAGGUUAAAGCAUAUAAUGGUUUAAAUGUCCUGUGGAGUAGAGUAAAGGAGACAAAUAGAUGGUGCUAACGAUCUCAACAAUGAGUAUAGUAGAUAUAGUUUGGGUAAUAGGAGGAAAAUUUCCAGGCACUAAGAGCUUGUUGUAGCACAGGUAAAAAAAAACUAUGGACAUGCAUUUUGGCAACCUUUGUUUCAAAGAUUCAUUUGCCCUGCAUUGAGGUUCUUCUAGCCCCAGUUUGUUGUUUCAACAAAACCAAUUAUGUACUUUUCCUUAAAGUUAUUUGUCUUUGCUUUUGCUUGACAUUGCAUCAGGUAUAUCUUUGGCCA